AUGCACUUCACCCUCUGCUUGACCCCAGCCUUCAAGGGGGAUGAUUCUGGCGGCCUGAUACUUUUCACACUCCGCCUGAGGUCCUGCCUUCCCUCUGACAUAAGAGCUACUCUACAAAAGAAAGCAAUUAUCAGAUUCACAUCUGGCAUGGCUGGGGGGCUCCGAGCCAGCAUAGUGGUCCUGCCCAGGUCCCUGGCACCGGUUUUCCAAAGGUUCUGCCAGGCCAACCGUGGUCUUCUGUCCCUGCUGGGCCAAAAUGAGCCAGGGAAGUGGAUGCUGCCACCCCAGUCGGGUGCUGUUCCCGACAUCAGGACAGGUUUUCCCCAGUUCUGGAAAUACAAGUCUGGUACCUGCACAGGCUGCCUGUCCUCACUGGAGGAGUACUCGGAGCAGCUGAAGGACAUGGUAACCUUUGUCUUAGACUUCAGCUUCUCUCUGAAAGAGGCCUUAGAGAAGGCUAAGCUCUCUAGAAGAGACCCAGCAGGUCACAGUCACUCAAGAGCAUACAAGACAGCAGUGCCUUGCGCCACUGUAGCUGGUUUCUGCUGCCACCUGGUGGUCACAAUGAGGCCCGUUCCCAAGGACAAACUGGAAAGGCUGUUGUAGGUCACUUGUUCUGUGGUGGGUGAGCCAGGAAAAUUCAUCCACAUUGGCCCCCCAGAACUGUUGGGAAUCAAAGCGCUUUCCAAACCUGACUAUGGCAAUCAUGUGUGUCAUCCAGGGGACAUCCUAGGGUUCUGGCCUUCUCAGCAGACUGGUGUCAAAGCCGUCAGCAGCUGCAAGGCUCCACUGGCUUUCACUAGCAUGCCAGGUGCAGUUAUGACCCAUCUGAAAGAUACAGAGACUGCAGCCCAGUGCACCCCCAAGACAGUUCCAGAAAUCCAUCUCAUUUCCCAAGACCCUUUGCUCUACAGCAUUGUGUCAGCUUCAGCCCUUCCAAAUAUCAGAGAACUAAAGUUGACAAUUGCCAUAGACCCAGGCAACCGAGGGAUCAGGCCCUGUUCCACAAAGAUGAGCUGCUGAAGGCCUCUGUUGCUGUCCCAUGCCCACUCCGUGCUGAUCACCACCGGGUUGCCCACAAAUUUCAAUCUUGAGCUCCUGGAAGAGACAGACGGUCCCCCAGGAGCCAUUGCUCUGGCCACCUUCCUGCAGGGCCUGGGGAAGGAGGUCUCUAAGGUGGUUGACCAGAGGGCCUUGACCUUGCACAGGAAACUUGUUGAGGAUGCUGUCAAGCAAGGUGAUAUUAACUUACCAAGUGGUAAGAUCCCAGUAUUAACUGACCAAGGUGGGUCAGUGGAAGAUGCUCAGGCCUUUCCGUGCAAAGGUGGGGACCCCAAGUCACCCCGAUUUGACCACGGGGUGGCCACAGCGUGUGCCGGAAGGGCUGCCGAUGGCAAUUACUACAACGCCAGGAAGAGGAACGUGAAGCACUCAGUGGACCACGUUGACGACCUUUUCCUCGCUGCACAGAAAAUUCCUGGAAUCUCAUCAACGGGUGUUUCUAACUGGGGCAGCUAUGCCUUGGCCUGCGCAUUGUACAUCCUGAACUCAUGUGAGACCCACGGACCUUAUCUGAGGAAGGCAGUUGGACCCUCCAGAGCACCUGAGGAGCAGAGCUGGACACAGGCCCUGCUGCCUGUCAUUAAGGAAGAAAAAAUGUUGGGCAUCCUGGUACAGCACAAGGUCCAAAGUGCAGUCUCAGGAAUCAUGGGCAUGGAGGUAGAUGGGCUGCCCUUCCCUGGUGUCCAUGCUGUGAUGAUCCAGAAGUUGAUGGACAUCACCACGGGGCACGUGUGACCAACUGUGUCACGCAUGUGCAGAGUUCCUACGUGACGGCCAAGCCUGCAUCUAGGCAGAAGCUCCCUGAGACCCCCAGCUUCUUCUCAUAGCAGCCUUGCAGAUUAACACUGAGUGUGUGAGCAACACAUUCAUGGGGCCUGGAAACAGCAUACCCUCUUCCUGGAAGGAAACAGGGCAAAUAGGGCUGAUGGUGUGGACCAGGGACAUUUCUCUGGGGCUUCAAAUAUAUUUGCUUUGUACCUGAUGUUGUAGAGGCAUUCAACCCCUUCAUGCUGGCUCAUUCAGGCCACCCUCUUGCCCAUCACUUAUAGGGACACCGGUGAACAAUUAACCAGUAGGCAGAGCAUGAGAAUAAGUGUCACCAAGACCAGGAAUAAUCCUCUAGGCUCAUUAAGAAAGGGUAAAAUGCACAGAUGUGGCAUGUGUAUUUACCAAGCAUUUGGGCUUUGUGGAAGGUUUACUCAGCACCACCAAAAUAUUUAUACCUUUGAAAAGCCUUCUUUCUCAAACAGCAUUUUGUUUACUUAGGCAAAUGAUCUCUCCAACCACUUCCUCCUGUCUGGCCUUCAGGUUCCUCCACCCCCCAUACUUCAUCCACCUCCUCCCCAUCCACUCACCUGGAGCCCCAGCUGGACGCUCUGACCUCCCAACCUAGAAGGGCAGCUGCAGCCCUGGAGCCCAAGGGUGGAUUGGACUGACCAGAACUUUGGCUGGCACACAGUCCUCCUAGUCAGUGUGUUCUAGUCUCUUUCACAACCUCCCACUGUUCAUUUUCCAACAGGAUCAGAAACCGAAGCACUGGUCCUAUUCCAUUCUUACGUCUUGCUGAGUGACAACUGACUCACCUGGAUAGGGUAGACCCAGCUAGGGCUCUACUGUUUGUCAGGAUUACUUUAUUUCAUUUCCCUAAUUGUGUCUAAUUUGAUUGGAUUUUUUUUCUUUUUUGGCGGCACUGGGCAUUGAACCCAGGGUCUCAAGCAUGCUGGGCAAUCCCUUUACCACUGAGUUGUACUCCUAACCAUAUUUAUUUUAUUUUGAGAUAGAGCCUUGCUAAAUUGCCA